AACGCACGCGGUAUCCAGCGGCUGGGUAGCGGGGGCGCAGGCGGCGAGCUCGGCCAUGGCGAGCGCAAUGAACGGCGGCGGCGGCGGGGCGCUGAAGCGGAUUGGCCCGCUCCGGCUGCAGUACUACAUCGUGAUGGGCGCGGUGGCGGCGGCCGUGGUGCUGGCCACGCUGCGCUACAUGCCGGGCCCCGCCGCCGCCGCCGCCAGCAGCAGCGUGGCCCGGCCGGGCGCCUCCGCCGCGGCCCCCGGCGCCGAGGCGGCGGCGGAGGCGGAGGGGGAGGAGGCGGCGGCGGAGGACGGGGAGAGGGAGAAGAGGAAGAAGAAGGGGGACGGGGUGGUGCUGUUCAACUUCGGCGACUCCAACAGCGACACGGGCGGCGUGGCGGCGGUGAUGGGGAUCCGCAUCGCGCCGCCGGAGGGGAGGGCCUACUUCCACCACCCCACCGGGCGGCUCUCCGACGGCCGCGUCAUCCUCGACUUCAUCUGUGAGAGCCUGGGCACGCAUCAUCUGAGCCCGUUCAUGAAGCCGCUGGGCUCCAACUUCACCAAUGGGGUGAACUUCGCCAUCGCAGGGUCCACAGCCAUGCCGGGUGUCACCACAUUCUCGCUGGACGUGCAGGUGGACCAGUUCAUCUUCUUCAAGGAGAGAUGCCUCGAUGCCAUCGAGCGAGGUGAGAGUGCCCCGGUUGAUGAGAUGGGGUUCCAAACUGCUUUAUACACCAUGGACAUCGGGCACAAUGAUAUCAAUGGCGUUCUCCACAUGCCUUAUGAUGAAAUGAUUGCCAAUCUUCCCCCUGUAAUUACUGAAAUCAAGAAAGCAAUCGAGAGGUUGCAUAAGAAUGGGGCCAGGAAGUUCUGGAUACAUGGCACGGGUGCGCUUGGUUGCAUGCCUCAGAAGCUUGCUAUGCCGAGGGACGACGACAGUGGUCUCGAUGAGCAUGGAUGCAUCGCAAGCAUCAACAAUGUUUGCAAGAAGUUCAAUUCUUUGCUGAGUGAAGCCUUGGAUGAGCUGCGCUUGACCCUGAAAAAGUCGGCCAUUGUCUUUGUCGAUAUGUUUGCUAUCAAGUAUGAUCUUGUUGCCAACCACAAGAAAUACGGGAUUGAGAAGCCGUUGAUGACAUGCUGUGGCCAUGGAGGUCCCCCUUACAACUACGACCCCAAGAAGAGCUGCAUGACUUCAGACGAAGACCUGUGUAAGCUUGGUGAAAAGUUCAUAAGCUGGGAUGGUGUUCACUUCACCGAUGCUGCAAACGGCAUUGUGGCUUCCAAGGUGCUCAGCGGCGAGUACUCCAUUCCCAGGGUCAAGCUGGCCAGCCUCGUCAGCACUGCAAAAUCUGACGAUUAAUGGUGAUAUGGCAUUCUAAUUGGCCCUUCCUUUGGUUUCUCACAAAGACGAUGAAGAUGGAACCACUAACAAAACUGACCCCCCAAAUUUAAUUAUUUUGAGGUUCUUACCUUACGACCAUCGUCGACAGAGUUUUUCUUUUCCUUUUCUUCUCCUUUUUGUAUAAUCGGGGCGAAUGUAUAGCCUAGGGGUUAAUACAUGGUGAUGCUGGUGUCUCUGUACCAUGUAUGAAUUUUCUUCUUCUGAAUUUUGGAUCAAUAAAUAGAGAUGAAUAUUUAACAUGCUUU